ACACGGAAUCUCGACAAAGGAUAUUUAAUGUGUUAAUAGACCACCACAAUAACUCGCUUUCUGAUCAGUAAUACCGCAUACUUGUUUUGUUAUUCAACAAUUAGCAGUGACGCGUAUAACUCGAAUCGAUCAGCUGUUCAACAACCAGCGUAUAUAUAAACAAGUGUUAAGGGAUGGGGGACACGCAUUUGUUUGCAACCGCGUCUGAAAGUCAAGAAAGUAAGAGUAAAUGCUUAAACUUUACAAUGGAAACUGAAAACCAUGUUAAAUCUUUGGCAACUCGCUCAAUGCUAGAAUCUUUUGAUAUGAAAGAACAGACUACUGAGUAUCAGAAGGAGAAAAAAGACACAAAUCAAAAGCAAGUAAAUGGAGUUGUAGAGACAAGUUUGCAGGAACAGUUGUCCAGUAGUUAUAGAGAUAUAUUGGAAGGACUUGGCGAGGAUCCAACACGGGCUGGACUUCUUAAAACUCCACAGAGGGCAGCCAAAGCAUUGAUGUUCUUCACUAAAGGUUACAGGGAAAACAUGAGUGGUAGUAAAUUAGAUUUGAUAGAAAUUCUAAAUGACGCUAUCUUCGACGAAGACCAUGAUGAAAUGGUGAUUGUGAAGGAUAUUGAAAUGUUCUCUAUGUGUGAACACCACAUGGUUCCCUUUAUGGGAAAGGUAUCUAUUGGUUAUUUGCCAAACAAACGUGUUCUUGGUUUAAGUAAACUAGCAAGAAUUGUUGAAGUAUUCAGUAGGCGAUUGCAAGUUCAAGAAAGGUUGACAAAGCAGAUUGCAGUUGCCCUGACAGAAGCUAUACAACCGGCUGGAGUAGGAGUUGUGAUUGAGGCUACGCACAUGUGUAUGGUGAUGCGAGGGGUUCAGAAGAUCAACAGUAAAACUGUUACAAGUACAAUGCUGGGUGUCUUCCGAGAGGAUCCGAAAACGCGGGAGGAAUUCCUUUCCCUCAUCAGGUGAUGAAAGAAACCUGAUUAGCAACACAAUAUUUCUGAAAAUAUGUGUACUAUACAUUCCAAUGUAUGCUGGGUUGAAGAGGAUAUUAUUAUCGCAUCUUGACUAUAUACGUGUACUAGUUUUUUGCCAAGGCAUGGUUUCCCUGCGGCCUUUUUUGUUAUCAUUGAGCUGUAUAGCAUACGAAGUCUAUUUAUCAAUGAGCUUUUCUUUCAAAGUAUAUAAUACUUUGAGGUGAUGUUUGGAUAAUUUCAAAAUACCUUGAAAUGCUUAAUAUAUGCACUAUUAAUCAUUGUUGUUGUAAUUUAUUUCGGAAUAGAUUAUUUAUAUUUGUUUCCUCUGAAAAUAUGCUUAUAUAAAUAGUUAUGAAGAAAAAGAUUAUCAUGCGUUUAAAAUGACAAGAAUGAAAAAAUGUGGUGACUUGAGAACUGGAAAAAAAAUUUAAUUAACGGCAAUGUCUGUAUUAAAUACAUGGGCAUCUUUAUUUAUGUUACAAUGACUAAUACUCAUUUGACAUAUUUACUUUCGUUUUCAGGAACUUUUAAUACGUCUAGAAAUGAAAUACAUGUAUUUACAAUCUUUUUCCUGCCAAUUGAUUCUAUUCUUCUACAUUUUUUAAAGGGAAAACAUAGAUUAGAUAUAAUUUCAAUUGGAGAUGGUGAGAAUUUAAAUUCAAAUGAAAGAUAUUUCAUAAUUUGUAGUAAAACAUUAUGUUUUAUGAAAUCACUGCCUUUGAAUUAUAUGGCCUUGUUUUUAAAAAUCUCUUUUUUUAAACGUAUUCAUUGAAAAAACCCAACUUUUUUAUUCAACUUUUAUUAGAAAUGAUUUACUAUGAAUUCUUUAUUUUGUACCCAAAAUGAAACGUUUUAUACCUUUUUAUAAGAACUUUUGAUUGGCUGUUUUUAAGUUUGCUGAAAUCAUGAUGUUUUAUAAACGCGCACACAGGCAAACUAUGGAAAUGAUGAUAAACGUGUACUAAUAGUAUGUUUUAAUAAACAUUUUAUUGUUUAAUCAUGUUGAAAAAUGUUGAUGCUUUUGUGUUUUACUUUGAAAAAUAAGAAUUGUUUACUCGGAUAAAAUAUAAUAACAUGUAUAUGCAUUUAUUUUAUUGUGUUGAAUGAAAUAAAUGAAAAUAACAUAUAAAAACA